AUGUCCAAGAAUAUUGGAUAUUGCAACACCAGUACCGGAUUGCCACCAUCAUCUGCUCGUCUACCUACUUUUCCCUCGAUUGAAACACAAAAUCCUGGCAAUGAAGCUCCACCAGCUUAUACUCCAGGUCCAGGUUCAUGUACGGGCGCAUCGCAGACGGCCUUGACCUCGUCUUCUGACUCUGAUCCUUAUUCCUUCCUGAAAAGCUUUGACACUAUCUUCCUCGUCGACGACUCAGGUUCCAUGGCUGGCCACUCCUGGAGAGAGACCCAAGAGGCUCUUGAGACUAUCACACCAAUCUGCACCGCGCACGACGAAGACGGCAUCGAUAUCUACUUCUUGAACCAUCCUGAUUCGAGCCUCUACAAGAAAAUUACCAGUCCCAGCACUAUUAUCGAAAUCUUCCAGACUGUUCGACCUGGCGGUGCCACACCAACUGGCCAG